CAAUACCAAGCAAAUCUCUAAUAGCAAGCAAAACCAUGAAGCUCUCUGUCUGCAACAAGAACAACAACGCCCUGCUCGUGGCGCUGCUCGCCACCUCGCUGCACAUGGUGUGGGCCGUUACCUCUAUGUUUAAUUAUGGCGCGCAGGAAGAAUGCUCAAGCGUGGGCGGGAUCUGGGAGCCAUAUCCUAGCCAGAGCGCCGAAUGCACUGGCCCAGACAAAGAAAUCUUACCAAUAUCUCUUGACGGGUACGGGAAUUGCUUGAACAACGCGGGUGCCUGCGCACUCGAGAGAAAUUGUACAGACUUACCCAUUGCCGCCGAAGAAAUUGAAGAUUUGUUGCGUUUGACGGGGAAAGAGGGAUAUACGUGCAAUGAUUCUGUAGACUAUACCGAAGGUCCCGAAGCUGAAGCUGACCCUACCAAUGUUACGACCAUCGAACCCGAUCCCAUGGAGUCGGCCGCUCCUUUGGUCGGCGCCUUUGCCUCGGCCUCUAUCACUGUGGGCAUGGCUGUUGCAAUGAUCUUAUAAAAUCAAGAGCAAGUCAACGGCUUCUUGUUCAUCGCUGGUUCUGUUGGUCCGAAUAACCGAAUAACCCUUAAAAUAGCAU